CUUGGACGCGCCUAUUGCUCACUUCCUUAUUCUCACAAGGCUCCGCCUCCUACUCGCUGCUGACAUUUCUCUACCGGGGUCUUUGCAAAGGCAGGUGUACUUUGUUCUUUGCGUACUAACUUACUUGGGCUCUCCAACCACUUUCUGGAUGUUGAAGUUACACCCAGUAAUGCAAUGCUGGAAUACUGGAAAAGAAACUUCUUUAUGGUUUUGGUGCUGCGGGCACUUUCUUUGACUAACUGUUCAACAGAUGAAGAGAUUCCCGAAGAAUGGUUACUCCUUCAUGUUGUUCAAGGGCAAAUAGGGGCUGGGAAUUACAGUUAUCUGAGAUUAAACCAUGAAGGGACCAUAAUCCUCCAGGUUUUGAGCCUGAAAGGUGAUGCUGAUAUAUAUGUUUCUUCUUUAACCCUUAACCCAACUUUUGAUGACUAUGAGCUACAAUCAACAACUUGUGGUUUGGAUAAGGUCACUAUUCCACAUGACUUCUCCCGGCCUGUGGGCAUAGGCAUUUAUGGGCAUCCAUAUCACCCGGAAAGUGAAUUUGAAUUAAAAGUCUACUAUGACGAAACAGUGCGAAAGGACCAUUUUGCUCGUGAAUCUUAUGACCCAGAGAGGCUGGAGGCAAAUCAAAAACAACAGCAACAAACAUCUCUGGAUUCAUCUCAGGAGGAAGAAUCUAUUCUGUGGACUAUAUUAAUAGGGAUUUUAAAAAUAGUUCUCGAAAUUCUUUUCUAAGCAGUAUUAAACAUACGCUGGUAUUCCAUACAUUUUGGGAAUUUCUACAGUAAAGUAACUGGAAUUUUCUAUAAAUAUUAAAAUGUUAAGGAUUUA